CACACACACACACACACACACCCCGUCUGAUCCUCCCCCGCUGCGCCCCGCCAUUCCUCCGGGCUCCUCCGUCACUUCACGCCGACCUCUGAGCGCCCCUGACCGGCUGCGCCCGCUGAUAGUUCCCGGAGGACUUCUUCUUUCUGGAGACUGCGGGCCAAGUUGGGCUGUCGAUUUAAGCUCACUUUUUGGGAACAAAGUUGACAUGGCUCGCGCGUCGUGGGACUCCCGUGGGUGCCGGGCUUAACGGAACCGCGCCAUGCUGACCCGGCUGGUGUGCGUGUGGAUGUGCGCCGAGGCCGCCGCGCGCGCCGCGGAUGAGCAGAGCCGACGGUGGCGCACGUUCGACGGGGCGACGUCGCGGGAUGUCCUCUGGCCGGGGUCGGACUCGCAGUCGUCCGAACCCGCGGCGCUUCCAGCGAGCCCUGUGCGUCUUAGGAAUGGACGAGGAGCGGAUGCGGAGCGGCGCUCGAGCGAAUGCCCACACGGGGCGGCGGUGGCGAGGAGGCGCACCGAGCGGGCGAGAGGUGAGCGGCUCCGCCGCCGAGCCGCUGCCGCCUGGCGGGCCUCGGCUCAGGAGCAAGACCUCGAGUCGGCCUCCAACGCCAACGCCAACGCCAGCGACUACGACUACGACGACCACGCGGGGCCCGGCUCGACCGACGCGCCGCCCUUGGAGCCGGGCACCCCGCGGAGCAAAGUCAAGCCGGUGAGGAACCCCUUCUACCCGCUGGGCGCCGGGGCGCUCGGCGCCUACGCGCUGCUGGCGGCCGCCUUGGCGUUGGUGUGCGCGGGCGUGCUGGGCAACGUGUCGCUCAUGUGCAUGGUGUGCCACAACUACUACAUGAGGAGCAUCUCCAACUCGCUGCUGGCCAACAUGGCGCUGUGGGACUUCCUGGUGCUCUUCCUGUGCCUGCCGCUGGUGCUCUUCCACGCGCUGACCGACGACUGGCUGCUGGGGGAAAUGGCCUGCAGGCUCGUGCCCUUCCUGGAGGUGGCGUCCCUCGGGGUGACGACGUUCACUCUGUGCGCCCUCUGCAUCGACCGCUUCCGUGCCGCCGCAAACGUGCGCUCGUACUACGAGAUGACGGACAACUGGGCUUCCACCGCCGCCAAGCUGGCCGUCAUCUGGGUGGGCGCCCUGCUGUUGGCCCUGCCCGAGCUCCUCAUCCGCCAGCUGGUGACAGAGGAGGCCGACGCCCCCGGAGGCGGCGCGGCGGGGACGGCGUGCGAGCGCUGCGUGGUGCGCGUGUCCACCCGACUGCCGGACACGCUGUACGUCCUGGGCCUGACGUACGGCGGCGCCCGCCUGUGGUGGUUCUUCGGCUGCUACUUCUGCCUACCCACGCUCUUCACCAUCUUCUGCUCGCUGGCCACCGCCCACAAGAUCCGCGGGGCCGAGCGGGCGGCGGCGCCCACGCGCGGCACCAAGAAGCAGAUCCGCCUGGAGAGCCAGAUGAACUGCACGGUGGUGGCGCUGGCCAUCCUCUAUGGCUUCUGCCUCAUCCCCGAGAACAUCUGCAACGUGGUGGUGGCCUACAUGGCGGCGGGGGUGCCGCCCCGGACCCUGGACGUCCUGCACCUGCUGAGCCAGCUGCUCCUGUUCUGCAAGGCGGCCGCCGCGCCGCUGCUGGUCCUGUGCCUGUGCGAGCCUUUCCGCCGGGCAUUCCUGGACUGUUGCUGCUGUUGCUGUCGGGAGUUCGGCGCCCCCUACCCCGAGUCGUCCGCGGACGCCGGUGGCGUCGCCAACGAAGAGCUGGAGCUAACGCGCGGUGACGCCGCCCCCGACGACGGGGAGACGUCCACCGCCUACGCCGCAGUUGGCACCCACUGCUGAGAUCAAAAACUUAACUGGUGACGUUGACGGACCAGACAAUUUUACCUUUUAGAGAAUUCGUCAAAAAUAGUUUACGCUGGAUCGGAAAAGUAUCUCUUCCUGUACUUGAUUACAGUGCCGCCUGGCAGGAAUGCCCUGACCUGUGUCUGUAACCAUGGAAACCAGAGCCAAUAUGCUAACACUGUCGUAACCUCGGGCAGAAGUCACGCUUUUUAACAGCCAGUCUUGGCCGUUGCUCGUCACAAUUUCCACUGGCUGCCACUUGCUGUUCUUGUUGCAGUUGUACUAAUUGCUUGUCACAGUUGCCACUAGUUGCAGUUGGAACUAGUUGCAGUCGUGGCAACUGGAACUAGUGCAGCUAGCAUCAACUAUCGCUGCAAGCCGCCAUUGCCACUAGGUGUGAUAGUCGCAGUUGUUACUAGCCACAAUGGCCACUAGUUGCACUAGCGGCGACUGCGACUAGUGUAGCUAGCGUCAACUAUCGCUGCAAGCCGCCAUUGCCACUAGCUGUGAUAGUCGCAGUUGUUGCUAGCCAAAAUGGCCACAAGUAGUCGUACUGGCAGCGACUGCGACUAGUGCAGCUGGCGUCUACUGUCGCCGCAAGCCACCAUUGCCACUAGCUUUACUAGUCGCAGUUGUUGCUAGACACAGUCACCACGACUUACAGUUUGAGGUACUUGCAGUCGCCACUAGUGACACUGGCUGCUAGUGCAUCUAGAGUUGACCAGAACAGCCAACUUCACAGUUGAGAGGGUGAGACUUUGAAGAUAGGGAGUCUAUCUUCAGCCAAAGUGAUGCAAUGUGCCGUAAUCCACAGAUAUUAGGUCAGGAAAAGCUAAGGUUUCACUGUUGUCUUGAUCCAGGAUUCACGGAGAGCAGAACAGGGAAACUUACACUUCGUUGGAAUUUGUAGAAUAGGCAAACGUGAUGAGGCAGAACUCUCACGGGGUCAUGUUGUAGUGUCUUGCACUCUGACAUUGACUGCAUUAUUAACAAUGCUGUGGUCACUAGUUGCACUAGCGGUGACUGCGACUACGGCAGUCAACUUUCACCGCUACUCGCUCACUAGCCAAUGUAAACCGAUAAAAGUUGCCCACACAACAGGAAGUUUGUUUCUGGUCUUUCGGUUCAGUUUAAGCCUAAGUGGCGAUCACAAGUGUCACAAUUGUACGUUAGCUUGUUAUGUAGAGACACUUUUUAGCCAUGUUAAUGAUCAUUAAAAAGGUUCCAAAUGUG